AUGGACCUUAAAGUUCAUUUUGUAUUAAUAUUUACAUUAAUAGCUGGGGCUACAUCAAGGGAAGUGGAAAUUGAAAAUUUUAGACCAGAUCCCAAAGUUAAAUCUACUGGAUUCUUUGAUUUUGGGACAUUAAGGCUAAAAAAGGAGAACCGGAAUCAUUAUUCAAUUUCUGGUGACUUUGAACUUCUUGAAAAUAGUGGAAAUGAAAAGGAAAUCUUACUGGAAGUUAAAGACAAAAGGGACAAGAUUGUCAUGAUGAAAUCGCAGCACAAACUUUGUGACUUUCUCAAAAAUGAAAAGCAGAUCUGGCCUGACAUUCAAAGAAAUAGCAAUUUGCCUGAAGGCAACCCAUGUCCAAUGCCUAAGGGAAAGUACUGGAUCAAAGAUCUAAUGAUUGACGAGAAAAAGUUCUCAAUGAUUCCGCCUGGCGAAUAUCAUGGAAGAUUAGCAGCAAUUCAAAAUAAUAAAAUCCUAGCUGCUGUCGAUGUCCAGUGUAGGAUUAUUCCUUAA